GCUAACGCUGGUCUCGCUCACAACGCACCGGCCCAGCAUGCAGCCUGCCUCCCGCCUCUUUCCACUGCUAGGCCGUGCAGUGCAGCCUUUGACAGAGCGACUCGAUCUCUGCCACAGCUAUCUCCCGGGCACCUGGCGGCCAUGAACCUCCUCCACCGUCUUAUACCCUCCUCCUUCUCCCCCUCCGCUCUGGACAUGCCAUCCAUCCGCAUACGCGUCCACGUCCACGCGCCCACCCUAUCUCCCAAAUCCCCUCCAGCACCCACCUCCCCCGCCUCCGCCUGCAAGUCCCUCAAAUCCCGCAGAUCCCGCAUAUCCCAGCCAUCCCCUCCCGACCCGCCCGCGCCCGCGCCCAAGCCCACCAUCACCAUCCUCACACCCGCCCAAGCCGCCCACAUCGCCUACUUCCCCGCCUCCGCCUCCUCCUCGCCCACCCUCGCCAUGAACACCCCCGUGCGCUCCGUCCGCCCCGGCGUACCCUCCUCCGCGCUCUCCCUCGACGCCCGCGCCCUCCACACGCGCGAGUCGCUCAGCAUGCCCGCGCUCGGCAUGGGCACGGGCACGGGCACGGACAUGGGAGAGAUCCCAGAGAGCGCGUUCACCCCACCAUUCAACAUCAUCACCCAAAGCAUCGACUCGGCCGCGCACCCGCUCCCGUCCAUCCACCCACUCGGCCCCGCCCGCCCCCCACGCACCCUAGUCGCCCUCCGCAAGCUCCGCGCCCGCGCGCGCCAGCUCCUCCCCGCCACCCUCAAGGAGCACCAGCGAAAGCGCCGCGCGGACACGGAGCAGGAGUUCCAGGACGCGGCGCAUGCGACCUAUGCGUGCUGGCGCUGUCGGAGGGCGGGUGGGCGCCGCGAGGGGUGUAGGGCAUUUCGGCGGGCUGGGGAGGGCGCGGGGAGGGCGGGGGAUUUGUUUGCGUAGGAGGUGAUGGUGUCCAGCGCGGACGAUGCUAUUUCUUAGCUGAAGGCUCAUAUGCUCCAUAUGGGUAUCUCCAUAUCCUUUUACCGCACCAUACUCCAAUCUUUCUCCGCCAAGUGACUCAAACUCGACCUCAGAUAUGCCCCAACACUUAUGUUAUCUCACAUCAACGUACCCGAACAGUCCCCGAUACCCAUCUAGAUCUGUAUUCCCUCCAUGUACCCUUGAUAUCCACCCGCCACGUCUCCCUCGCAUCUACUGUGCCCAUGUAUCGUAUGGACUCUGCUUGUAUGCCUCCUCCCACCUAAUGCGAAUUCCCAAUUCCUAUUCUGGCUGCUCAGCGGGUUCGGUGCUACGGUGUGAUAUGACUUGUCGUCGACCAAGAGCGCCGCGGCUGUGGGGUGGUACGUUACUGGCUAUGCUCGCGGGGAG